UAUACGAGGUGUCGAAUAUUACUGUCGAUAUCUCACCAAAUCCGCGCUGAAAAAGGGUGACUGACAGUGAGCGACGGAUCUAGUUCAGAAAUAUACUACUCGCGAUAAGGGCGGCGCGACAAAGUCAUAGAUAGAGUCAUAGACGGUAUCGAUGAUCGUUGGCACAGAAUUGCUGAUUACUCGGUUGACUCUCUCGGCCAAUUACGUCAUUCGAGUCAAGGGGUCAGACGCAAUUGUUUCCAACUGACGCCACCGUGGAAAACAUGAUUUUCGUCGGUAGCUGAUAGAGCGGAGAGAAAAUGGCCGUCCAAGACGAGCCACUCCGAUGAUUUAUGCGGUUCGAUCAAUCUGGGUUACCGCGUUAUCAUUCGCUUUGCGUAUUCGCAUAAUCGUCAGGGGGUGAACGAACCUGCGUCUGAUCGCAAUCGUGGCAUUUUGCAGCUUACGAGUGUGAGUGUGAGUGCGAAUGUCAGUGAAACGCGAAUUCGAUGGUCAAGGUAAUAUGCACGCUGCGUAGAUGGAUCUUUAUCGAAGCAUUUAAGAACUGUACAUUCUUUGGUUUUUUUUUUUUUUCUUAAGUACAGUGAUUCGUUUAUAAACUUUACGCUUCUAGUCUAUGCAUAUUAUAAUAAAAUUUUUCGUACAAAUGAUAACAAGAUCCGCGAAUAGAAAGCAAACCGAGAUACUAUUUCUGGAAAUGGAGAUACGCGCAGAAUUAUUCCGUUGAUAGAAAAGAAGCGCGAGUCGCGCGGUUACGUAAGUCACUUUCGAGUUGUCGAUAGGCAGCCAAUCGAAGCGCGUCUAACGAGCAAAAGAAGAAGCUCUAACGCGUCCACGGGGCGCCGAUAACCGUAUCGGACGGCAUUAAUCACCGGCCUCUCCGUAUCCUCCGUUGUUCCCGACGUGUUUGACACGCUCGACUCGCUUAGGCGACACGAAUCGCAACGCGAAUUAGUUGUAAACCCGGGGAGAACGAUCCACGAGGCGUUGAACGGCGUCGAUUGUAAUUUAUCAAAUCGCCGUCGGCGCCCACACUUCAAUCAAUACGAAUCUUCUGCUGGGUCCGUGAACUCUCUUCCGUUCACGCGCUCCGAUGGAAACGCAAGAGGGUGUAAACGCGGCUCUACCGUCUCUGGUCAAGCCUGUCACAGCUGUAACAGCCUAUCUAAAUCGUUCAGUGGUUCCAUUCUUUUUUUUUAAUAAAAUUCUGAAAUCCGAUUUUAGUAAAUCAAGGUACACGAUAUUUUUAUUCUCUUUUGAUAUUAAGGACUUGAAUAUUUAAAAUUUGUCUAUAGUCCAUCUGAAAAAAAAUCACGAAAUUUGGUGCAUCGACUUGAUAGUACAGAGCAUCGAUGCCGUAGAAUUUUUGAUAGAAUCCUGCCUUGUAAUUGAUUCGUAGACAUUGCGGUUACUUUCGUUAAUCGGGAUAUGGAUUCAGCCGUAUUGCUAAAAUAACGCAGCCGUUUCAACGAGUCGACGAUCGCGAGAGAAUAAUUUUUAACGUUAAUAGCGGUCUAAUGGACGCCUGGCGUAAUUCCCCGUGCACGUCCAACCCUCUUUGCACCGAGGCGGAGGCACACGAGUGGUAUACGGUGCGGGAACACCUACACGCAAGCGUGGAACGCGUCCGCGUGGAAAACUCUCGAGGCAAGAGGCAAGUGUGUUCACCUUAAGGCUCGAGGCCUUUAGUCGAACGCCGCCGUACGCGCUGUAAACACCAUGCGUUCGCGUCGCGAGUCGCGUUUACUCAGAUCGUCCUCAACGAUCAUUCGCGUCGCGUCGAUCGGCGAAACCUGAUUUCUCGCCGGCUUCGACGACGAAAUAUAAGUUGCACAGUCCAACUUCCGAUUUCUGUGCUCUGUUCACGCGUGCUCCGAGUUUACGCGCUUUGACGAGUUCUUCGUUGAGGAAAGUCACAGUGUUUGCGUCCGCGUGGAUAAGCGAUCAAGAAUCUUCCAUUCGUCGCUGAGAUGGUCUGAUCGAGGAAUGCCGAUCAGAAACCGCGGCGAAACCGAUUGGCGGAGAUCGACGUCGCUGCCAUGGGAUUCGAGGAUGUUAGGAUGUUUCGGUAGCAACGAGAGCAUACUUGGUUAUGUGACCGCGAAAGAUUCCCAAGAUGUCGAUCUCGACGCCAUCCUCGGCGAGCUGUGCGCCCUGGAGCGUCGCUGUGACGGCGACAUCGCCGCCACGCCAGCUCCGGAUUCUCAGAGACAGGGCCGACCGAACAGCACCAGGAUCACAGCUGGCGACAAUACCGAUAUCGGCAAGAACGAAGGAGCUAUGCGCACCGAUAGUCCUGACAAUGAUAGCGCAUUUUCGGACACGGUGUCGAUGUUGUCCAGCGAGAGUUCCGCGAGCAGCAGCGGCUCUGGGCACAAACCACCCCAGACCGCCAUGCACACAGCCACACAGCAACAAUCUCACCAACUCAUGGACGCUGCGAGCAGAGUCAAGGCGGAGAAGAUCCGAUUGGCGCUGGAGAAAAUGCGCGAGGCAAGCGUUCAGAAGCUCUUCAUCAAAGCCUUCACAUUGGACGGUAGCGGGAAAAGUUUACUCGUGGACGAGGGAAUGAGCGUGGCCCACGUGAGUAGGCUCCUCGCCGACAAGAACCACGUGCCAAUGGAUCCCAAGUGGGCAGUCGUCGAGCAUCUGCCCGAUCUCUUCAUGGAAAGGGUAUACGAGGAUCACGAGCUGCUGGUGGAGAAUCUCUUAUUAUGGACGAGGGACUCGAAGAACAAACUGCUCUUCGUCGAGAGGCCCGACAAAACACAGCUGUUUUUCACCCCGGAGAGGUACCUUCUGGGCCCGUCCGAUAGGUCUAGCGGUGAAUACGAUGAUCAUUCGCGUAAUAUACUCCUGGAGGAAUUCUUCUCCAGCAGUAACGUCGGUGUGCCCGAGGUCGAGGGACCACUGUACUUGAAGUCGGACGGCAAGAAGGGCUGGAAAAGGUAUCACUUCAUCCUACGAGCAUCCGGCCUCUACUAUUGGCCAAAAGAAAAGGCCCGCACCGCGCGUGACCUGGUCUGUCUGGCGACCUUCGACGUGAACCAAAUCUACUACGGAGUCGGCUGGAAGAAGAAGUACAAAGCGCCCACGGAUUUCUGCUUCGCCGUGAAGCAUCCCAGACUGCAGCAACCGAAAUCCACCAAGUACAUAAAGUUUCUCUGCGCGGAGGACAACGCGUCCUUGGAACGAUGGAUGGUUGGAAUCAGGAUAGCCAAGUAUGGCAGACAGCUGAUGGAGAAUUACAGAACCCUCGUCGACGAACUGGCACAGGAGGAUCUCGACAUGCUGGCACACGCCAGAUCCUGUUCCGUUAGCUCGAUCGCCGUCCCGCCUCAAAGUCAAGCUCACUAUAACACGAGCAAUGACAAUGCACGACAGUUCGCGGAGAAUUCGAGACACAACGUGGAAACUGCUAACGCCAGGCAGUACGACAGUCAGAGACAGAGUUACAAUCCGGAGCAACGACAGAGUUACAAUAACGAUGGAAGGCUGAGCAGAGCCAGCAGCUCGAGUUCGAGUGGGUGUCUGUCGGACGGAGCACCCAGUAGUUGCGAGGUGGCUUUCGAGUGUGGCGAAUUUCCAACGGGAACGAUAAAGAGAAAACCCUCGAUGAACCCAAAACUCCCCCUUACAUCCAUCACCAGACAGUUGAAGGAGGUGGGCGAGACUGUUCGAGACGAGCCAGACUGCCCCAGUCCUACAAGUUCCGGAUCGGGCACGUUGACCAGAAGGCACAGUCGAAGACGGAGUGGCACCGACUCGGACGGUUCUGGAACACUGAAAAGACAUCAUCGAUCAGGGAAUGCGACUCCGGUUAGCCCUGUGCCUCCGGGUACACCAGUUAGAGAAAGGGCAAGUCCUAUGGGGUAUAACAGAACAGAGCCUCAGGAGUCGAAGACGCCAACGAGCCCCAUACCGACAUGUAUGAUGGAUUCGAUUACGUCGUUACCGCCGCCACCGUCACCGUCAAGAGUUGCCGAAGAGGCAGAAUCCGAUAGCGAGCCGCUUCCUCCUCCCCCACCAGAGAUGUUCCGAUCGAACCUCUCUCUGGAUUCACUGCCACCUCCUCCAGCACCUGGUGAGAUCCCAGUGUGCAACACUCCGGAGCUUUCCGGAUCGUCGUUGAGCUUAGCAUCACUCCCGCCACCUCCCAGUCCCCUAGUAGGCGAAACAGGAACGAUUCGUCGCGCAAGGCCGAAACAGUCUACGCCCACGAACUCCAUAACCCCCGAGAACACACCUACCCAUACCCCAUCGAGACAGCCGGCUAAUCAGCAGAUGUACUCGAGUAACUCGCUGCAAAACAAUUCGACGAUUCAGAACAACCAGAAUUACAACGCCAACGUGCAAAACGCUCACCACGCGAACAACACCGCGAACUCGGUGUCCUCUCCCCACAGUUCUUAUCCAGGUUCCAACGCGAGCACGCCAACCUACGCUCCCAGUUCGCCAGGCUUCGCUUCUCCUCCGCCAUUCAUUCCUCCGCCAGCUUACGGAUCCCAACAACAGCACACCACUUCCCAGAGUCUCACCAGACAGAACUCUAAAGGCGAACCUGUAUACGGAAGCCACCAGACCGUGCACCAACACAACACGAUUCAGCCGAUCAGGCCGAACCCGAACAUGGACACGGUACGACGUAGCGCCAUGAAGCAAACCUCGAGCCAUUACGCUGCUCCUCCCUACCUGGCGGAGUUGAAAGCUGCCUCAAGUCCACAGCCCCAGCGCAGGGUGACCAUCCAGGAACCGCCUACGUCGCCUAAAUCCAAGACUGGCACCGGCAAGAAGAUCACGUUCAAUCUUCCCCCGCAACAGGAGCCAGGUAGUCCUGCCCUGCCUCAGAGGAAACCGAUGCCACCGAGGAGAUCCGAUAGCACGAGGCUCACAUCACCGAAAAAGCUCGCCGCCUCCGAUCAGGCACCCCCUGGUGAUUUCCUCAAGGAUCUGCAGCGAGUGAUGAGGAAAAAGUGGCAGGUGGCACAGAAAUGCAAACUAGACUCGACGACCACUCCCCACGAGGUUCUCGGUUUUCGCGAUCCACCUCCAGCCGUAGCGGAUUACAGAGAAACGAACGUGUCGAAUUGGGUCCAAGAGCACUACGGAGCCGACAAUCUUUACGAGAACGUGUACGCGACGGAUCCUCACGCGCCCGUGGAAUACGCCUCCAGUCCCGCCAGGCAAUCCACUGUCAGGUUCGCCGACGAGAAUCGCAGUAUCAAUAUAGUUAACGCCAUCGCCAGCAAACGAAGACCACCGCCACCGCCUCCGAAGAGGGCAGAGACCACGCAUCUGACCACCACCAGAGCGAUGCACUGACAAUAGCAGAUAAUUCAGCCCCAUCCCGAAAGGAGAUGGUAUUGCUGUCUGUGCAGCUGGUGGAAGGACUAAGAGAAAGGGUGAGAAAGAGAGAAAAAGAGAGGAAUUCGCUUUGUUCUGUGAUUUGGUCACCGUUUCGAGGUCCUGGUAUCGAGUCCACGCGUAGAUCGUCCUCCGCGUCGCUGUGCGCCGCCGUUCGAUGAGGAGAGGGGAACGUCCAGGGAAGAGAGAAGGGGAUCCGACGAUUAUCCUUGAAGACAAACCAUUCGGCUUUGCGUGCACGUCAGAGUUUGCAUGGCCAAAUCAUCAGCUUGGCUGGAAAUCCUUUUUAUCUACCCGAACAACCAGCCCCGUUAAUAGGAUAAUCGAUGUAAAUUUAGGAUUUCGAAGAUGAAAGUCUGAUCGGAUACUGCCAAUAAACCAUCGUACGAUUGUCGCGAGGAUUGGUCGUCGAAUAGGGAAUUUUUUUUAACGAGAUGGAGCUUUAGGUUAUCGAGUCCGAUGUCGAAACAUCAAUCUCAGCGCCGACGUAUCGACGGCCGUUCAACUAGAACGUAAGGGAAACACUGCCGCACAUGUUGAGGAUGUGAUAUAUAAGUCUUAAGUUCCCACUUUUGUUUCCCGUGAUCACGGGACGUUCGAGGAGGACGCAACGAUAUCGAAUUUAAAGCACGUGAGACUGUGUGUAAGUUAGGCUCGCCAUGGACCACGGCAGCGACUUUUCGGAUAAUCGUAAAGUGAAAUGGCGUUUGCGAUCUCUGGCGGGCUGUAUCUCUGAUGUGUCCGAGUCAAACGGGGCGGAAGGACGUUUUCGCGUGUUUUCCACUGUUUAGGAAACAGACGAGCGGGAAAUAACGAGAGAUCAAGACAGGUGAUGAACGAUUUUGUAAAGAACACUUCGUGAUUCGUUAAUCACGCGAGACGGAGAACGAGAGGAACGCUUGUUCACGGGACACGACGACGCGUUUCUGUUUCUUAAAUCCUCGUUACAUAGGUGUGCAUGUAUAUAAAUGAAACACGUAUGAGCGUUUAUAUCAAUAUAUCGACUUUGAUGCUGUAUGUUUAGACGAUAACGCGCAAUUCGAACUAUCCAAUGCGAUAUGGACGCGAUAACGCUUAAAUCUAUUCGAUGGACCUCGAGCGAACGCCCUGGCGCGGUUCUAUAAGCUCUUCGAGACAUUCGGAAUCUUUACGCGAUCAUUGCUUCUCCUAACGUUUCACGCUGGAACUUGAGAUCUCGUUUUAAAUGCCAUUUUCAUCAUCUUUCCGUUCCCGUUUCGCUGGCUUUCCGUUAGAUCAUCGAUAGAGUCGACAGCAGAAGACCUCGAGGAUCGUCGAUAGAUGUAGGAUUGUCGAUCGCGGACGCUACAAUUGACCCGCAUCGAGUCGAGAGACUAUCGACGACCAACGUUUCAAUAUUCGAGCGCGAAACGAUUCUCGGCUCGACCACUUCCGCUCGCUCGAAUGUAAAUAUACGCUUGAAUUUAUAACGAUUUUACAAACGGAACAGGAUGACCCUAGGCGUCCAAUCGCCCUAACACGAUGACUCGGUGCAUUUCACUUGUAAGUCUGCGACGCCGUCGACCGAACGAGGAUGAUCCGCUAAUUUUAUACAUCGUCGAGGUAACGUCACACGUUCCACCGUAUCAGUUUUUUGUACACCAGAAAUAUCGAUGCAAAAGGUGAUCGUAUCGUUCCUCCAAACGAGGAACGGGAUUCUGCGCUGCCAUUUACACUUGUGACGGUGUGUGUGUGUGUGUGUGUUCGCCAAUGGAAUUUUCAGCAACGACCGAGGGCCUGAAACGUUUUGCCCGCCGCUAACGAUCUAACCGUUUUGUAUCCACGAAUUUCUACCGAGUCCUCGCGCGUUCGUGUCUUCGAGCCUUCGACGUGGACAGGAUCCUCGUCCGUCGUGCUCCAUCGAGGACAUCGAACCCCCGAAAAACCUCUCCGUCGCGUUUCGAGAGGAGUCUCGUGGAGUCCAGUGGUUUUUACAACGUUAAGAAUAACCAGGGGACCCGAGAUGCGAUAUUUUCUACUACCCAAUUUUGAUAAAAGCUAAACGUUCGAGGGGAGACUAUUCUAAGCGUAUCCAACGCCUCUCUUGGCGUCACUUCUCUAAUCUUCUCACACGAGGACACGCGAGACCCCUGCGGCGGAGCCACCCACGCGUUAUACGACGAUCAAUCGACGCUAACACGGCCGAUGCCGAUUUAACUGUAACUCGUAAUUGUUUGCUCGCGGUCCAAUCAAACUAAACCAAUAAUAGUAACGGUAAAUGAAUAUUGCUAACGUAUAUAUAUAUAUACGUUUUUUUUCGAGGGAUUAAACGUACGGAAUCUUGACCUCAGUCCUGGCAGGCUUUUCCUCGCUAGAGAUGGUCGAUUCGAAGUCACACUGCCGCCAUUAUGGAGAGUUUCUUAAGAGGACAGUUUGGUACUUCAGGCUGAAAAUCGCGAAACCUUUUUUUUUUAUGGGAAGGAAUAAUUAGGUCGAAAUGAAAUUUGGGUUCGUAACCUUUUUUGAAUAUAUUUUAAUGAGAUUUUUGUUUUUUUUUUUUCUUUGAUAAUAAUUCAGUUGUUAUUUUUAUUUGUUGAAAGUAAGGUAGAAAACAGCCUCUAAUGGCAUGAGAUUAUUGAUUUAGACUAGGUUUUCUGUCACGCCAACUUCCUGGACCUGAUAGUGCCAAACUGAUACUUUACCAUGGAUGUUCGAGAUGAAAGAGCGGUUCCUGUUGGAACGUCAACGAAAGGGAUUUAUUUUUAUCCUUGCUCCGCGGAAAGAGUAGUAGAGAAAUGGGUCCAAUGUUCAGUUUUAACUCGACAUCAGUAGGAGAGGAAAUGUUAAUUCAUCGUUUUGCUAUUACGUUGACGGAUGAAAGGGGUAGUAGAAAGUCGGUGGAUAUGCAUCCUAAUGGAAAGGAUUUUUUAACCUGUAACACUCUUUGGGUGACGAAAAAGAGAUUCACGUUCGGUUCUAGUUCAACGUGAACCGAGAGAGAGAGAGAGAGAGAGAGAGAGAGAGAGAGAGAUGGAGUGGGAACUUUUGAUUCCCAACACUGUAUUGCUUGAGAAUGAUAGAUGUACCAGAGAAUGGAUCAACGUACAGUUCUAACCAAACAUCGACAGAGAAAUUUUUAACGUUUAAUGCUCUGUUCCAGAAUUAAAAGAGUAAUAGAGUACAGGUCGAUGUUCAGUUCUAAAUACGGCGUUUAUGUAAUGGGAGGAAAUGUUUACUCUCGACACUGUGUUACGAACGAAAAGAGUAAUUGAAAAUAGGUCGAUACGCGCGUUUCAACAGAACACCCACAGAGAGGAAUUUUCUGCCCUCAACCCUUUGUAACUCAGUCGCGUUGGACGACAUUUUAACCGUUUGUAUUAUUUGUAAGUUUGUUUUAUUUAUUUCGAGUUCCGUCGUAUAAUUGUCAUUUUCGAAACCGUAGGAGAUACGCUGAAUUAAUGAAAAAAGGGGCGUAUAGAUGCGAAAAUUAUACGUGACGAAGCUUCUUGGAAAUAACGAAAGUUAUAACGAAUAAAAUCUUCAGCUAACUAGUUGGGUUACAGAGGGCUGACUCUUCGAUGUUUUUAUUCAAAUUUUAAGGCCUCUUUCGACACUAUGUUAAUAUCUACUUUUGUCCUGUGACUUUUAAUCUGUAAAUUUUUAGUAACAUAAAGUGACAUAAUUUUGGGUAAUAACUUGAAAGGAGUUGUGUUCUGGAUUCCCAACACCAGCAGUUACGAAUUCGAAAAUCUAGAAGACGCGUUUGUUUCAUAAAAUGUGGCCACGACCGAGGCGGAAUAGAGCACAGGAAGAUAAUAAAGAAAAGUUAUACAAACAGUCGUCCUGUUCUUCAUUUUUAAACUACAAUAUCAUUGCUACGGUAAUUCUCUUCUCAACCUGAGGUAAUGUGUCACUAAUUCUACUUAAGUAUUUAUACAGAUAAUGUUUAGUAUUUCGUAAUGUAAUCUCUUGCGAAGACACUUCUAGAAUUUUUCGAUGAAUCAUUUUAAAUACAAAUAGCUGCAACAUUGAUUACUCUUGCAUACUCAAAAUUAUCUCUCGAAAUCCACAUUUUAUGAAGCUAUAUAAUAACAGAGGGAAAUGAUCGAGAAUUUCCUCGAGAAUUUUUUAUACAAAAAUAGAGAUCUAUGGACUUUACUGGAUCAGAAGUGGGCAGAGUUUUAUUCGCAAAAUAGAUUACACGAUAUAACCAAUGCAUAAUUUUUAUUUGCUCGGCGUAAAUACAGUUUCAUUUUACAAGUCAGAUUAGAAUUUUUAUAAAAGAACUAACGAAUCAAAAAUUCUCUCUUUUAUUUGCUAUUCCGAUGUUUCAUCUAGUUUCAACCGUUUUGCUCAUUUCUGAUCGCUAAAAAUCGCAUGAUUGACCGGAAUAUCGAGAAUUCCCUCGCGAGAGGGAUCGAGUCCAACCGGGGAAAUUCGUAACGACCGGAAGUCGCCAAUGUUCGCCAGAGAGGGUAGUCUAGGGAGACGGAAGGCGAUUGUAACGAAUCGAGAGUCGUUGACCGCGCGACCACGAGAGAAUUAUGUUUAUCCGUUGUACUUUACCUUCGUUUCUUUCUCUGAUCGAGCAUGUAUCCUGUGUUGUACGUACGUCUUUUGUAAAUAUUAUAACGAACGGAAGUGCAAAGAAGAAUUAAACAAAUAAAUGAUCGUCGACGAGGAACACGCACUCGCGACUGAUUCGAUUAAUAUGAAAAAAAAAAAAAAAAGGAACGUACUAUAUUUGCGACGACGGAAAAACGAGAGCUUCGUUUUCUUCUUUUCUCUCGGAUUUCGAACGCGAGGAAAAUAUAUCGGCGGGAAAGACGGAGAAAGAAAAGGGAAUCCAGCGUUGCGAACGGAGGACUCCGACUGCGUUUCGUUGAACGAACGUGACCCUUUGGAUACCGUGUUUGCAUCUUAUCGAUUACAUUUUCCUUUUAAGUAUAGUUUAGAGUUUAAAGUUUAGAGUUUAGAUCCGUUUAAUGGUUGUUUCAUUUCGUUCGACUAUUGCGACGUUAAAAUUGCGACAAUACCGAUAUUCAUUUUUGGAGAACCUAUCUCGACGCCGAUUGUUUGGGUAUGAUACCGGGUGGAAAACGUAAAAAAAAAAAAAUAAUAAUAAUAAAUGCGCAGCAGUUGAAAUAUUAUAGGUAUUAUAUUCAUGUUUUUUAUGUAAAUAAAUUUUUGGUAUAUUUCAA